AUGACGCAUCAUCUCAGUGACGACGCCGACCUGUUCUACCUGCUCCGCGAAUUCGAUGUGGCCUAUCGCUACGCGCCCCAUGGCGGCAGCGCGGCGAUCCGCGCCCACAUGCGCCGGGUCCGCGAGCGUAUCAGCCGGGUGCUGAAGGACAAUCCGGCCGUCGAAUUCACCGUACCGUCGCGCGUGCCGGUCAACGCGCACAUGACCCGUGCGCUCGACAAUGGCCAGCAGGACGCCGCCGAGGGUUUCGUGCGCGCCACCGCCAAGAUGGCCGACCGGUUCGCCUGGCAACACGGCUAUGAGAAGAUGCCGGCGGCGCUGGCGCGCAAAUACGGCUAUGCGGACAUUCUGGGUCCGGGCGGGCUGGUGCGGGCAGAAGACAUCGCGCUCGGCUUCGUCCUGUUCGGGCCGGGCUGCGUUUAUCCCUCGCACAAGCAUGACGGCAUCACCGAGAGCUACAUCGUCUUGUCGGGCGCCUGUUCGCAGAACGACAUCGGCGUCUUCCGCGCGCCCUCGAUGAUCUUCAACGCGCCGGGCACGACGCACACCAUCCGUACCUCGGCGAACGAGCCCUGCCUGCUCGCCUAUGCCUGGACCGCCGAACCGCAGGACAUGGGCGCCCACAAGAUGCGUUUCAGCCGCACACGGCGCCCGAAGGACGCGCCCGGUCGGUCGUGA